GUUGAAAAAUGAUUCUAACGUUGAUAGGUUUUUCCUCUCUCAUCUCCACCUUGGUUCGUUAUUGGGAAAGCGGUCGCCAAGAGCCAUAAGAAAUGCCCUCCAACAGCUCCAAUCUGGGUCAGAGGCAAUUGAUAGCGCUUAUAAAGAAGCUAUGCAGCGAAUUCAGGCCAGGUUCCUGAUCAGAGAGAUCUGGCGUUGGAAAUACUCUCAUGGAUCACAUGUUCCCAGAGACCGCUUAGUGCAGUAGAGCUCCAGCAUGCGCUCGCUGUCGAGAUAGGAGAGACUGUAUUUGACCCAGAAAGCCUGCCAGACAUUGAAGAUAUGAUCUCCGUUUGUGCGGGUCUGGUAACAAUGGAUGAGCAGACCCAUGUCAUUCGAUUAGUCCACCAUACGACACAAGAAUAUUUCGAAAGAACUUGUCAAACUUGGUUUUCGAAUGCACAUCAUAAUAUUGCUCAGACGUGUCUCACAUAUCUCGGCUAUGAUUUCUUUGAAUCAGGAACGUGUGUCAGUUAUGACGAUCUGAAACUGCGCUUGCAAGCCUACCCACUUUAUAGCUACUCCUCGAUCAACUUGGGCUAUCAUGUCCGUCACCAGCCAGUUGACACGGAAUUUUUCUUGGAGUCUUUGACGAGCAAUAACAAAGUUUCAGCAUGCUCUCAAGUACUUUUGAGUGCACGUGCCAUUGGAUGGAGUCAAAGGCUUUCCAAAGAUGUAUCUCUUGUUCACUUGGUCGCAUGGCCCGGACUGGAAGAUAUCCUGCACGAUCUUAUCGAGAUUGGCAUUCCUUGUAACAGCGAAGACUCGAACAAGCGCACUCCUCUUUUCUGGGCAGCCACAAACGGCCAGGAAGGAAUGGCCAGGAAGUUACUCGAAGCAGGCGCUGAUCCGGAUAACGAAGACUUAGAGGCUCAUACACCGUUGUUUUGGGCAGCUGAAAAUGGCCAAGAUGCAAUUAUCAGGCUUUUAUUACAAUAUAAUGCCAAUCCGGACAACAAGGGAAACAGUGGCUCAACAUCUUUAUGGCGGGCAGCCCGUUUUGGACGUGUUACGACAAUGAAGCCCUUGCUUGAAGCAGGGGAUAAUCCAGAGCAUAAAGCAACGCCCUCGGCCUCACUGCUUUGUCCGUGGCAUGUCUGAUUCCCCGUUCCGAUAUUGCCAAGCUUCUUUUGGAAGGGAAUGCCAAUCCGGACUGCAAAGAACAGUUUGACUGGACGCCACUGUUUAGUGCAGUCGAGCACGGGAAUGUUGAGAUUGUCCGUUUGCUGCUU